AUGUUCUCAAAACACAUUUUCCUGUGUAUUUUGAUAUUCUACUUAGUUGGAAAGAUGUCUGCGAAGGUGGAGUUCACUAAUAUAAAGUGCACAUCUUUGGAUAAGAAUUUUGACGACUUUGAGUAUUGCCGACUGAAAUCCGUGAAUCGCACUUUCAAAUAUAUAUCCCUUAAAGUGAAUCUGUAUAAAAUUCCCAUUAACAAAGUCAAGGUUAACUUUGUAUUGCUUAAGAGAUUCAGUGGAUACAAGCCGUUUCUUUAUAAUAUCACGGCGGAUGCCUGCAAAAUUCUAAAAUAUCCAAAGUCAAACCAAGUUUUUGGUUUUUUCCACAGUCUUUUUCGGGAUUAUUCCAAUAUGAAUCAUACUUGCCCCUUUAAUCACGACCUUAUUGUGGAUAAGCUUUCCGCCGAGUUUAUAAAUACGCAAUUUACAAAAGUUUUGCCUUUUCCCCUCGGCGAUUACCAAUUUUAUUCCAACUGGAUAGCAGAUGAUAUAAACCGGGCGGAAGUUCGGGUCUACGGCACUCUUUCCUAA